AUGGCGUCGCUGCAUGAGAAGCUGGACAAGAUCAAGUCCCCCAAGCUGCAGAACCAGCACCAUACCGGAGUCGUGCUUUCAGCAGUCGAGGACACUCUACGCGACCAGAAUGCCGAGUUCACUGCAACCGCCUACUUUGCUGCGCUUCUCGCCCUCCUCCCGCAGUCCAUCAACACCACCCAGGGCAUUGUGAAUAAAGAGUUGGCAACCUCAGUUGUAUAUCUGCUCGAUACCGUCUCUGCCUUUGUUCCCGCGCCGCUGCUACGUUCCAAGUUUGCGCAGAUACUAGGCAGCUUGGUGCCGGCCCUGACGCUCGCUGAGGUCGAGGCCCCGCUACUCAAGUCGUCCGUUGGAUGUCUACAGAAUCUGCUUAUAGCGCAGGACUCGGCGGCAUGGGCGCUGCCGGCAUCAGAGGUUGGGCCUCGCAGGGCUAUUGCGGGAAUGCUGGCGUUGGCGGUUGACCAUAGACCCAAAGUCCGGAAGCGGGUGCAGGAUGCGUUGAUACAGAUACUCAGACAACCUCCACCGAGUCCGUCGCUGGACCACCCCGCGGCUGAUCUAUGCGCUGAGACAGCAUUGAGGACGCUGAAUGAUAGUGUUACUGCUGCAUUGAAGGCGCAGGGCAGGAAAGGGAAGCAUCAGCAGGACCACCAGCAGCCACAUGAGCCCGCGGUGUCGCAUGCUCUACAGCUUGUCAAGGCCAUUGCAGCGGCCUCAGGAGGCUGGCCGAGCAGGAAGAUCGAGCCUCUGUGCGAACUUCUUAUGAAUGUCGCCCGGUCAUCGAACGAGUACCUUACCAUGGGUACAUUUGAGGUGUUUGAAGUGAUAUUUACUGGAAUGGCAGACGAGUUCUCUUCCUCGAAGCUACCGCGUCUGCUAGAGGCUAUCUCGGAGCUGAAACCAGCACACAAUGACUCACAGCUGCUUCCACCGUGGAUUGCAGUCCUAUCUCGAGGCUAUGAUGUCUCCGCUCAGGUCUCAGCGCAGGAAACAUUUGAGAAGCUGCCGGAGCUCUUCAACUUAUUCGCCAGCUUCCUUACCUCACCGUCGCGGAACAUCCGCACUUCAGCCUCAGAGGGCAUGAUUUCGCUUCUAGUUGCGUGUGUUCCGGAAUCUGUCCUUCUUGAAGCAUCAGUGUAUGAUGAAAAGAUCAUUGAAAAGCUGGCAAAAUCUGCUACAGGCUUGCUUGCUGUUAAAUACCAAGUUGCUCGUUCGGAGGUAUUCAAUGUCCUCGAAGCCAUGUUUAACGCAUUGCAAUGGAAGAGCUCUCCUGUGAUGAACGAGGUGGUGAAGAUAAUAGGCGAUCUGCGAGCAAAUGAGAAUUUCCAGGGCAAGAAGGAGGCCGAGAAGGUCCUUGGUGCUGCCAUCAAUGUCAUGGGCCCCAAGGCUGUCCUUGAUAUCAUCCCGCUCAAUAUCGUGAACCAAAAGGCUGGCCAGCCUGGUCGUGUCUGGCUUCUCCCUAUUCUACGGGACCACGUAGCAAACACGAGCCUAGCAUACUUCCGCUCCGAGCUUGUGCCAUUGAGUGAAGCCCUAUAUCAGCGGGUUAUGGAUUACGGAGAGGCGGAGAAGACCGUCGAGGUUAAGAUUUUCGAGACACUGGUGCAGCAGACUUGGGCAUGUCUGCCCGGAUUCUGCGAACUGCCCCUGGACAUGAGAGAAGCCUUUGACCAGCCGUUUGCCGAGUUACUGUCGAAUGUGCUGUAUAAGCAGGCUGAGCUUCGGGUGGACGUGUGCAAAGCACUGCAGAACCUGGUCGAAUCGAACCAGGCGAUUACCUCUGUUGAAUCCGAGAUUGAAGAUCUUGUCUUGCAACGACGAGUUACCAGGGAAGAAGCGAAAAAGAAUAUCGAGCAUCUCUCCGGGUUUGCUGGGAAUAUGCUUGCGGUGCUUUUCAACGUCUACAGCCAGACUCUGCCGCAGUUCAGGGGCUAUAUCUUGCAAUGCAUUAAUGCUUACUUGAGCAUUACAGGUGAACAGGAACUCAUUGACACUUUUGGUCGAGUAACGUCUAUGCUGGAGGGAGCUCUCGAGGAAGAAGCUAACACCAGCAGCAAGCCCGGCAUGGCUCGCAAGGACAAGAUGCCUCCAACAUCGCACACGCUGAUGGACCUAAUCGUGACAAUGUCCAUUUACUUACCUCGCAACAGCUUUGCGACUCUCUUCUCACUUGCCUCCGUUGUGUUGAACAAGUCCUCCGCGGACCCCCAGCUCAUCAAGAAGGCGUACAAACUCAUUCCCCGUCUUGCAGGCACGGAUGCCGGGCGCACUGCUCUAAGCGAACGCAGCACAGAGCUACAAUCCCUUAUUCUAUCGACGGCAGACAAGACACCCGCCCCAGCUCACCGGGAUCGUCUGCUUGCAAUUCACGAGAUCAUCACCCACCUACCGACGGAAGACCUUCAUUUCAUCCCCGGCAUUCUCUCUGAAGUCGUACUAGGCUGCAAGGAGAGCAACGAAAAGGCACGGACAGCUGCAUUUGCUCUGCUUGUUCACACCACUGAGCGAAUGAUUGACUCCGAACGCAAUCCGCCGGGCACAAAGAUCCGCAACUCUCUGGUAGCACAUAUGCCAGACGACGCACCAGACGCACCCGCCACCAUUGAGGAAAUGUUCACGAUGGUUUCUGCUGGCCUGGCUGGCAGCUCACCACACAUGGUUGCGGCCAGUGUAACGGCUAUGUCUCGUCUGUUGUUUGAGUAUCACUCGCAACUGCCGACCACCAUGCAGUCCGACCUACUACAGACCAUCGAGUUGUUCCUGACCAGUAACAACCGUGAGAUCGUCCGUUCGGUGCUUGGCUUUGUCAAAGUAGCCGUGGUAGCGUUGCCGGACGAUCUGCUCAAGCCCCGUCUCCCGUCUGCGGUACCCAAGCUCAUGAUGUGGAGUAAAGAGCACAAGGGCCGACUGAGGAGUAAGGUUAAGGGCAUACUAGAUCGCCUGAUACGUAAAUUCGGAGCGGCAUUUGUGGAAGGGCUGGUUGAAGAAUCAGAUCGCAAACUGGUUGUAUCGAUACGCAAGGAGAGAGAACGCCAGAAACGCAAGAAGGAAGCCAAACACGAUGAAGACGAUGAGGAUACACAGCAGCAACAUCCUAGAGGCCAGCAAUCUGCUCAAGCUGGACAAGGCAAGUCAUUUAACAAUGAGUUUGACAAGGCGGUAUACGGCUCUGAUUCAGACUACAUGUCUGGCGAUGAGUCGGAUGCAAGCGAGAUUGAAAUCGACAGUGCAGGCAACACCACCAAACGAGCCAUUUCAUCCAAGGGCAAAGGUCAAAGCAAACGACGCACAGGUGGUGGUACAGGCGAUACGGGAGAGCAAUACAUCCGUGAACUAUCGCCUGAGUCUAACCCGCUGGAUCUCCUUGCGCCAGACGCACUGGCAAACAUAUCCAGCACUAAACCAAGCGUACGCUUCCUGGCGUCCAAACAUAAGCAGAAACAUCGCCCUCGCAUGGACGAGGAUGGCAAGCUGCUGCUCGGUGACCAUGGUGAUGAGAUGGAUACCUCUGCUGGCGCUGGCGGUGCAGGGUCUGGUGUCAACGCCUAUCUCACUGCGGUCAGUGGGCCUGAUGCAUUGCGCAAGGGUCAAAAGGGCCGAUUAAGAGCCAGUCAGGGUAAAAAGGGAGACGAUGAUAUGGACAUGGACAUGGAGAUGGAUGUUGACGAUCAUGAUGAGAAGAGUAAUCCGGCGCGUGGACAGGGACAAGCUGGUGCAGGUGCAGGCAGGGGCAAAGAUAAGGGGCUUGCAGCCAAGUCUGGUCGAAGGGGGCUCGGGAUGGGCAAAGAGAGAGGCAGUCCUGGGGGAAGCGGGAGGAUUGAGAAGCGUAGGAGGGAUUCUAGGGGUGGUGGUAGGGGAAGAGUCGGGAGGUAA